CAAGCCAGUCCCUGAGAGGCUGCUAUCGCGAGCUAAUUGAUAAAUGAUUACGUCGCAGUGAAGCAGUAAUUUGGGAGACUGUCCUUUGUAAUUGGCUUACGGUGAUUGUUUAGCUUGUGGAGCAGCCUCAUACAAUUUCGGAAGAUUCAUCGGAACGAGUUAGAAAAUUUAUUUCAAAGUAAAGUAGGGGGAAAAUUACUCGAAACAAAUUGAGACACUUGGAGUGUGAUCGCUUGGAAUCAUUGCGCUUCCAGCAAAAUUGGAUAUAUGAAAGUUCAUUAAUGUAAGGAAAUUAUCCUGUUAUAUUGUGAUAAUAGAAAUGGAAAUAUUUAAGAGUUAUUGGUUUUUACUUAUUCUUCAAUGGAUGUCAAGUGUGACAAUUGGAAAGGUGGCGCUGAAGGUUGGGUACCUAACCGCCGUCACAAACCAAACGCCAAAACACAGAUCGGGUCGCCAAGGCAAAAUAAUAUCUGGGGCAAUGACGUAUGCUGUGAACGAAAUAAAUGCUGAUCCCUCUGUUUUACCUAACCAUUCACUACACUUUAUAUGGAACGACACUGGGAUUAGUACACUUGUUGGAACGAAGGCCCUUACGCAACAAUGGAGGGAGGGUGCGGUAGCCUUCUUUGGGCCAGAGGACUCAUGUGCCGUGGAAGGACGCGUUGCCGCCUCUUGGAACUUACCCAUGAUCAGUUACAAAUGUGCAGACCAGAGUGUUUCAGACAAAGAACUUUAUCCCACAUUUGCACGAACAUUUCCCCCUGCAACACAAGUCACGAAAUCGAUCAUAGCGCUGUUGUUAAAAUUUAACUGGAUGCGCUUCACAAUUGUGGCCGGCUCAUACCCAAAAUGGCAAGAUAUAGCGAAAAACCUAGAAUAUAUAGCAACUCGGCAUAAUUUUACAAUUAAUGGGAGAUUUGACUUCGAACAGCCAUACUAUCCUGACUAUAAGUCAAAAAGUCCGAGGGGUGACCCGCUUCCAAGGAUUGUUCAAGAAAGCUACGUGGAUACUCGAGUGUAUGUGUUUCUUGGCGAGCACAACGGUAUGGUUGGCUUACUCACAAACCUGGAGUCCAGAGGCAUCCUAGACACUGGCGAAUAUAUCGUCAUACACAUUGACCAUAAGGAGUACGACAAAGAAAACCCCAUCAAAUAUUUUCAAAGCACAUUCGACCACCCAAAGUCAACUGGUAAUCUACGAGCAGCCAGGUCGUUACUAACGAUAGUAAGCAGUCCACCCACGAACCCAUUGUAUUCAAAAUUCCACGAGGAAGUUAAUCGGUUCCUCCUGCGUCGACCUUUCAAUUUCACGAACCCAUUUGGCAAAGCAAAAGUUAUUAGUGUCUACGCAGCAUAUCUCUACGAUGCAGUCCAUCUCUAUGCAAGGGCCCUUCAUGAAGUUCUUGUGGAGGGGGGAAGUGUCACCAAUGGAAGUUACAUCAUUUCUAAAAUGAAAGGAAAAACAUACCGAAGUAUCCAAGGUUUUAUGUCAUACAUAGACAACCAGGGCGACGCUGAGGGUAACUAUACUGUGUUGUCAAGGCAACCAUUUGUCUCCACACAUGCAAACUACUCCAUGAUGCCAGUGGGGCACUUCCAAAUAGAAAACAAUGAAUUACCGGUGUUCACAUACCUGCCAGGUAGAGCUAUUAACUGGCUCAAGGGGGAAGUACCUAUCGAUGAACCAGCCUGUGGAUAUCGCGGGGAACGAUGUAUACCAAAACCAAAUAAAACGCUGGAAAUUGUGUUAGGCGUCAUUGGAGGGAUUGUGCUAGUUAUUCUAGUCGUUGUGUCCAUUAUAUACAGAAACUGGCGCUAUGAGCUAGAGUUAGCUGGGUUACUUUGGAAAAUAGAUGCUGCUGACAUUUUAGGGAUUGGUGCGUUUGGCUCGAAGGCAACGCUGAUGAGCCAGGGAAGCAUGGAAUCUCGAAUGUCAGCCAAUCAAAUGUUUGCUAAAACAGCAAAAUACAAGGGCCAGGUUGUAGCACUCAGGAAUAUUCAUAAAAUGGAUUUCAACAGGGCACUGCAAAAAGAAAUGAAAAUGAUGAAAGACCUGCUCCAUGACAAUAUAAAUGCUUUCAUAGGAGCGUGUGUGGGACCGGACUUCUUGAUAACAGUCACAGACUACUGCUCAAAAGGCAGUUUACAGGACAUAUUAGAAAAUGAUGACUUGAAAUUGGAUGCUAUGUUUAUAGCUUCUCUUGUCAUGGACCUAAUAAAGGGUAUGAUAUUUAUCCAUGACAGUGAAAUGCACUCACAUGGGAACCUAAAAAGUUCCAAUUGUGUUGUAAACAGUCGAUGGAGCCUACAGAUUACGGACUAUGGUUUGACUGAAUUUAGACAAACUUCCAGUCCCCAAGAUAAUGAGUAUGGAUUCUACCGGAAUUUGCUUUGGCGGUCUCCUGAGUUGUUAAGGUGUGCGAACUAUCCUAAACAUGGGACCCAAAAAGGAGAUGUUUAUGCAUUUGGCAUCAUCCUUUAUGAAAUAGUUUACCGUCUUGGACCAUACGGGAAUUGUGAGCUGUCUCCAAAAGAAAUCAUUGCCAAGGUGAUAGGGCCACUGUGUCCCGUCUUUAGACCAACCAUUACACCUCAUUCCUGCCAGGACUAUGUGACGUCAUGCAUGACCGAAUGCUGGGACGAGUAUCCGGAAAAUAGACCCGAUUUCAGAGAAAUACGAUCCAAACUGAAACCCAUGCGUCAGGGAAUGAAGACAAAUAUAUUUGACAACAUGAUGGCGAUGAUGGAGAAAUACCAGGCGAAUCUAGAGACGUUGGUGGAAGAAAGAACGGAUCAGUUGAUGGACGAGAAGAGAAAAACAGAGGCCCUGUUACUCAGAAUGCUUCCAAAGUCUAUAGCAGAGACUUUGAAAACGGGUGAUAAUGUUAUACCAGAGAACUUUGAAUCAGUGACUAUCUACUUUAGUGAUAUUUGUGGGUUCACGGCCAUGUCUGCAGCCAGUACACCGUUCCAAGUGGUUGAUUUAUUGAAUGAUCUGUACACGACAUUCGACUCCAUAAUUCACCACUAUGACGUCUACAAGGUUGAAACCAUAGGAGAUGCAUAUAUGGUUGUGUCGGGAAUACCGAUCAGGAAUGGCAUUAAGCACGCGGGGGAGAUAGCAUCUAUGUCACUACAUCUCCUUACUGCGAUCAAAACAUUCAAGAUAAGACAUCUACCAAAUGAAACAUUAAAACUUCGCAUUGGGAUACAUUCAGGUCCCUGUGUAGCAGGUGUUGUAGGACUGACAAUGCCGAGAUACUGUCUCUUCGGAGAUACUGUUAAUACAGCUUCUAGAAUGGAAUCCAACGGUGAACCUCUAAAGAUACAUGCCAGUGGUCAGUGUCAGAAUUUGCUAUCAAAACUUGGUGGAUAUACAUUGGAGGAGCGGGGCCUUGUGGCUAUGAAAGGCAAAGGGGAGGUUCUGACAUACUGGUUGACCGGGGAAGAUGAAAAACAGAAAUUGACAAGAUUCCAUAAUGCACCAAGCAUCGCCUCAAGGUUAUGCGGUAACACUGAGUCGUGCCCCUCACCUGGGAAACAUAACAUUGGCAGGAGAGAAAGCUUUAGACAAAAGAAAUCGGGAACUACUAACACCAAUAAAUACAAUCAAGAUACACAUUUUAUGAAUUUAAUUCGGGAUGAUGCGAAAUCUAAUCCACGAUCCCCUAGAUCCGUUACUUCUGAAUACACUUUUGCUAGCAACAAUAGUUUAACGAAUUUAACAAAUAUGCCACCCAAUGGACAUCUAUUAACAGAGAUGCGGACUAACCAAGAUGACGCUGAUUGUCCAAAUCCAGUGCCGCUCAUUGUGAUUGAUAAGACGCUUGAGAAUGAUGAGGAAAAUGGUGUCACGGAAUCGUCAUUAUUGAUCGACAGUGAGGCGAAUGAUGAUACAGAAUCCACCCAAAAUAAGAUAGUUAAUAAUAUAGUGACCACCGAUCCUGACAAAGAAUCCGUGUUCUUCUCUAUUGAAGGAAAUGAAAGUUCCAUUACUUUAUAAAAUAUGCAAAAAUAGCGGAUUGAGAGUGGAAUAUUAAAUGUUGCUGAGCAUCUCAAAAAACGCAACUAAAUGGGGAACAAAUAAGCAAUUCAUGACGUGCAAAAGUGUGUAGUCCCGGGGGUUUCACUAGUAGAGUGAACCCUCGCGGUGUGUAGUUUACACUACCGAAUCUAAAGGCUCAACAAAGACCUUAGUAACACAUUCAUCUCACUGACAAAAGUGGGUGUCAUUAGCGUGAUCGGAAAACUGCCAAUGAAAAUACAGUACUAGAUAUAAAAAGGUUCUUGUAAAAAUUGAUAGCCAAUCACAAUAUUUUACGUCCACGUACACGUUUUUGGAUCUAAAGAAGUGCAACAAUUUAGUGCGUCGCAAAACUAUGGAAAUGCGACGAUACGUGGCAUGUGUAUGCAUUGCCUCAGUUUUCGAGUCAUCAUUUCAAAACGAAGCCGAGUCUGAUGCUAAUUAAUAGCAGUGAAAAGUUUCAUACAAACUAAAAAUUAGAAUAUGAAUAAAGUUCAGACUGCAGAAGCUUUACGUAGUAAUAUUUGAUAACUUAUACUAUUUCGUUUCUGCGAUAUUUAU